AUGACCACCCCGGCACGCAGGCAAUACCUGCGCAUCAAAAAGGAGCAUCAGGACGCCAUCCUACUAUUCAGGAUGGGCGACUUCUACGAGACCUUCGACGACGACGCCCGCGUUAUUUCCCGCGAACUUGAGAUAGCACUGACGUCCAGGGAGUUCGGCGCGGGCUCCAGGGUGCCGUUGGCGGGCAUCCCGUACCACGCGCUGGAGCCGUACCUCGCCAGGCUCAUCAGGCAGGGCUACAAGGUAGCCAUCUGUGAGCAGACUUCCGACCCCGCCAAGUCCCGCGGUCUGGUGGACAGGGAAGUGGUGCGCGUAGUCACUCCGGGUACCAUCGUCGAAGAGACGCUGCUGGACGGCAAGUCCAACAACUACCUGACCGCGGCCGUACUGGAUGGUGACCUCGCCGGCAUAGCCUACGCGGACAUUACUACAGGUGAGUUCGCGACCACGCAGACGUCGGCGGCAGAGCUGGCCGUGGAGUUGGUCAGACUCGAACCAGCCGAGCUCCUGGUUAUUGACGAGUCCACUUCCGUAGAUGUCGGAAGGGACACCACGGUGGCUCCCAUUGGGCCAGAGCCUUUCGACCUCGACUGGGCGACGGAGUCGCUGCAGCGUCACUUCAAGGUGACCAGCCUCGAAGCGUUUGGCUGCGACAGACUGCCCCUAGCCCGUAAGGGCUGCGGGCGCGAUUAUCGACUAUCUGACUACCACUCAGGGGCCGACAUCGGCGCAGCUAGCCACUCUGCGACCUCCAUGGGUGGACGUACUCUGAGAUCGUGGGUCGGUCACCCUCUUCUGGACCUCGAAGAAUUGCAAAAGCGGCAGGGAGCAGUCACCUGGUUCCACAGGAGCGGCUUGCGCAGGGAGCGCGUCAUUGCGCUUCUGGACACCGUCUCGGAUAUACAACGCCUGCUGAAUCGCGUGCGUGCGUUCGGCGCCACACCGCGCGAUCUGGUGUCACUUGCGGAGAGCCUCGAGGCUGGCCCGCACAUGAAGGGGAUCCUGGACGCGGACGAUGACGCGCAGGCUGUCGAGUUCAUCUCCAACGGAAUCCGGGACACGUCUGAAGUCGUAGCGCUGAUCCGCUCGGCAAUUGCCGACGAUCCUCCUGUGUCGCCUGGAGACGGCAGGGUAAUCCGUCCCGGGUUCUCAUCGGACAUGGACACUACCCGCGAAACGACGCUCAACGCUCAGCAAUACAUCGCGAAUCUGGAGUCGCGGGAGCGGGAACGCACGGGCAUCAAGUCUCUCAAGGUCGGGUACAACAAGGUUUUCGGGUAUUACAUAGAGGUCACCAACUCCAAUCUCGGCGCGGUUCCCGACGACUACGUCCGUCGCCAGACACUUGUCGGCGGCGAGCGGUACAUCACUCCAGAGAUGAAGGAAUACGAGUCGCGAGUGCUGAACGCUCAGGACCGCAUGGCAACACUGGAGACAGAACUGUUCCGAAGCGUGUGCGCGCAGGUCGCUGAGCACACUGGCGCGAUCUCUGAGACGGCCGAGGCUAUCGCGCUGAUUGACGUGUUCUGCUCCCUCGCCGAUGUCGCCUCCAUGCACGACUACGUGAAGCCAGAACUGAGCGAAUCGGACGCCAUCGUCAUCCGGCAGGGACGCCACCCUGUUGUCGAGAGGGUGCUCGACGCCGGAGACUUCGUACCCAACGACACCGAACUGGACUGUUCCGAAAGCCAGCUCGCCAUCGUCACCGGGCCAAACAUGGCGGGGAAGUCGACGUUCAUACGCCAGGUGGCGAUACUGGUGCUGAUGGCGCAGAUCGGCAGCUUCGUGCCAGCCGAGUCCGCGUCGAUGGGCCUCGUGGACAGGAUCUUCAGCCGUGUCGGCCUCCAGGACGAUCUGGCCCUGGGACAGUCCACGUUCAUGGUCGAGAUGGUCGAGACGGCAUCGAUCCUGAACCACGCUACCAACAGGUCGCUGAUAAUCCUGGACGAGAUCGGACGCGGCACCAGCACUUACGAUGGACUGGCGAUAGCCCGAGCUGUCGCGGAGUACAUACACAGCCAUCCACGCCUGGGAUGCAAGACGCUGUUUGCGACUCACUACCACGAGCUAACCCAACUGGCCGACAGUCUGCCGAGGGCACGCAACUUCAACGUAGCCGUGUCCGAGGAGCAGGGCAGGAUAGUAUUCCUCAGGAGGAUUGUCCCAGGCGGUGCCGACCGCAGCUACGUCCUGAGCGACCUCGAGUCGCUGGACACGAACGUCGCGCGCGCUGCGCGGAGAAACGCGGGUGGGAAUCAUCCUGCUCAACUAGCGCUUAUACCGAUGUCGUCCCCUGCCCUGGACGCGCUUCGUGAGAUCGACGUGUCGUCUAUCACACCCAUCGAGGCGAUCAACAAGCUCUACGAGCUACAAGAGCGCGACAGAGGCGCCGGGCAGGACUGA